GUCGUCUUUCUGCCUCUGCAGGAGUUUUCAGAAGGCCAAGACCUCGACAGACUGGAAGAAGAAGAAGAGCAGAAGCAGACGUCAGAAUCUCAGAUCAGACUGAUGAACAGCGGCAUGGCAUCCAUACCAGAGUACUACGCCGGGAAGAGCGUUUUGAUCACGGGAGCCACCGGCUUCAUGGGGAAGGUGCUGGUGGAGAAGCUGCUGCGGAGCUGCCCUGACGUCAAAGCCCUCUACAUCCUGGUCAGACCCAAAGCCGGCCAGUCCAUGAAGCAGCGAGUCAGCGACAUGAUGAAGUGCAAGCUUUUCGACCGGGUGAGGGAGGAGAACCCCGACUUCCACCAGAAGAUCGUCCCGAUCAGCAGCGAGCUGACGCAGCCCGGCCUGUCCAUCAGCGCGGCGGACGUGGAGCGGCUCACCGCCUGCGUCAACAUCGUCUUCCACUGCGCCGCCACCAUCCGCUUCGACGAGCCGCUCAAGCACGCCCUGCAGCUGAACGUGAUCGCCACGCAGCAGCUCCUCAGCCUGGCGCAGCAGAUGCACCACCUCGAGGCCUUCAUUCACAUCUCCACCGCCUAUGCAAACUGCAACCGCCGGCACAUCGACGAGAUCAUCUACCCGCCGCCGGUCGAGCCCAAGAAGCUCAUCGAGUCCGUCGAGUGGAUGGACGACGGCAUCAUGCGCGACAUCACGCCGCGGCUCAUCGGCGACCGGCCCAACACGUACACGUACACCAAAGCCCUGGCGGAGUGCGUGGUGCAGCAGGAGCAGGACAAGCUGAACGUUGGCAUCAUCAGGCCCUCCAUAGUGGGAGCCAGCUGGCAGGAACCUUUCCCCGGUUGGAUCGACAACUUCAACGGGCCGAGCGGCGUCUUCAUCGCGGCGGGGAAGGGGAUCCUGCGCACCAUGAGGGCCAACAACGACGCCGUGGCCGACCUGAUCCCCGUCGACGUCGUCAUCAACCUGACCCUGGCCGCCGGCUGGUACACCGCCGUGCACAGGCCUAAAACGGCUCUGGUGUACAACUGCACGACUGGCAGCAUCAACCCGUUCCACUGGGGCGAGAUCGAGCACCAUGUCAUGUCGUCCUUUAAGAGGAACCCGUUGGAGCAGGCUUUCCGCAGACCCAACGCCAACAUCACCUCCAACUACCUGAUCAACCAGUACUGGAUCCUGGUCAGCCACAAGUUCCCGGCCUUCAUCUACGACCUCUUCCUCCGUCUGUGCGGACAGAAGCCGCAGAUGAUGCGCAUCUUCAACCGGCUGCACAAGGCGAUCCACCUGCUGGAGUACUUCAGCAGCCAGGAGUGGGAGUGGAACUCGGAGAACAUGAGCAUGCUGAUGGGCCAGCUGAGCCCCGAGGACAGGAAGACAUUUAACUUUGACGUGCGUCAGCUGAACUGGCCCGAAUACAUCGAGAACUACUGCAUCGGCACCAAGAAGUACGUCCUGAACGAAGACAUGUCCGACAUUCCUGCUGCCAGGCAGCAUCUCCGGAAGCUGAGGAACAUCCGGUACACCUUCAACACCCUGCUGGUGGUCUUCAUCUGGCGGGUAUUCAUCGCCCGCUCCCAGAUGGCCAGAAACAUCUGGUACUUCGUGGUCAGCCUCUGUUUCAAGUUCCUCUCCUACUUCCGUGCUUCCAGCACCUUAACCAACUGAGUCUUCCUCACAGCCUUGAGCCGGGGUCAGGCAGCCUUCGCCUUCAGCUGUCAGCGGUAAAAAUAAAAAAACAAAACAAAAAGAAGUCACCUUAAGCUCAGACGUUCCUGACGUGGACGAACAGGGCUCUCCCUACGGACGUCUGCGGCUGACAGAAGGAAAAUAACGAGGUCUAUUUGCUAUGUAGUUACUGGUUGAGUUGGGAAACUUGACAUUCCCGUCAGAAAAACCCUGUCCUACAGAGAAAGUGGUGUCUUUUUAUUUUCUACCUAAUGUUUCCUUCAAAGUGGCCAAUUAUAUAUGCAACGAUACGC